AUGACCAGUGGAUCAAUGUGGGGGACUAUUAUGUCGAUAAGAUCAGAAUCAUCGAAGGUAAUACUCGGAGCUUCUCGUGGCCUUUUUGCUGGCGUUAGUUGCUUUUGGGGUACUCGUCGACCCAUCAUUUACCUACGCACCAACCGUUCCUUCCGGUCUCCCACUCCUCCACUACAGCUUUUGUUUGUCUGUAUACUAAACCCUACAAGUUUCAUACUAAACCCUACAAGUUUCAUUUUCUCCGCUCCGCACCUCUCUCUCUCUCUCCCUUUAUCGCUCACUCUCUCUCUGCAGUCUGUUCCCUCUCCUCUCCUCCCUUCAGAUCACGGGCAAGAUCAAGAUCGGAAUCAAUGGCUUUGGAAGGAUUGGCCGGUGGUGGCCAGAGGGGCUCUGCAAAGAGACGAUGUUGAGCUCGUCGCUGUCAACGAUCCCUUCAUCGCCACUGAUUACAUGACUUACAUGUUCAAGUAUGAGUGUUCACGGUCAAUGGAAGCAUCAUGAACUCAAGGUGAAGGAUUCCAAGACCCUUCUCUUUGGUGAGAAAGCAGUAGCUGUUUUUGGCCUCAGGUAUAAAUUCCCAACUCUCUUUCCAUUCAGAUGAUAGAUCCAUUCCCAGGUAUGAGACUCACACAAAUUGCAUGUGUAUAAAUCCCACAUGGAUUUGAUAAAAUAUUUAAUAAUUCAUUUAGGUCGUAUAGUAUUUUCCUUAUUAUUAUUCUCGCAGUCACAUUCUUUUAUUCUCUCCACUUUCUCUAUGUUGUCUCUCCUAAUUCUCACUCUCUUGUUCAUCGCGUCUCUCUGUAUC